CGUGAAGUGAAUCAGUAGCUGCCGCACCGUAGCAGGAGUGGGUAGCGUCAAAAUUAUCAAAGUGAUUGUGCUCUAAGUGCCACUAACCGGGUCGGGUACAUGUGUUUUCUUCUUCGCAGAGUGUGUUUAUUUACUGCUAAAUUAUAGUUUGAAAUGAUAAGCUAAUUAACCGUAACAAGUUUCUAACCAGAAUCCAUAUCAGAGGGAAUGGAACAAAGUUGUGCUUGUUAGAAGUUUAGUGUCGAUCAUUGGCACAACUCGAAAAAUUGUUUAGAAGUUCCUAAAAUGCAAAAUAAAAGGUGUUCUAUAAGAUGACAACAAGCUUAUGCAGUAGAUUGUGUGGAAACUAGUCUGGAUAAAUAAUCAUAAACGAGGAUUUUUUCUAAACCUAUUCAAAGCCAAAAACAUGGGCAAUAUAGAAAUCAACCCGAAACUACUGCCUAUGAAGGCACACUACUUCCUAUUCAAUGCAGGCACGGCUCCAGUGGUUCCUUUUAUGCCAACUCUGGUUAGGCAGCUCGGAUUUUCGACCGUUGUGGUCGGUACAAUUUACACUGUGCUACCGAUAGUAGGCAUGCUGGUCAAGCCUCUGUUUGGUAUUAUCGCUGAUCGGUUUCAGCGCCAGAAGCUGCUGUUUUUAAUUUUCCAGAUCUUGUCGGCAAUUCCAUUUUUUCUAAUUAUGUUCAUACCAGCGAUACCUCAGGAAUCCACCGUUUCGUUUCACUGUCACGAAGGGGCUUCCGAUUUACGAUACUGUCCUCCGAGCGGUAGCUACCUCGAUAAGUGUCUCACCGAUCGAAUUGUGGAGGAUCAGAACAGUAACGCAACGCUAAACUGUCAGAUGGAGUGCCAAACCGAACCAUGGAUGUGGGACACGGUUUGCAAAUAUUGGCAGGUUAAAAAAUAUUGCGACGAAAGCAAUAUUCCUUCGGACAAAGUGCUAAGACUGACUGGUUUAAUACCAAUGAAUCAUAUUAAUUUACUGGACGACUGCUUAUUCUUCUUGCUAAAAGAAGCAGAAAUGGAUGGAGCUCACGUACCGCUUUAUUGUCCCGGAAAUACCACGGAUUUCCGAACUAACUGUCAAGUACAGUGUGACAACGCAGAAAUCAAUGAAGCAAUUACGCAUUCUAAAAUUCCGGACAGCGAAGUGAAAGGGCUGUACCAGUUCUGGUUGCUGUUUCUGUUCCUUAUCCUCAGCUGGGCCGGAAUGGCCGUCGUCGUUAGUGUUGGCGAUGCCAUCUGCUUCGACCUACUGGGUGACCGUCCCCAUUUGUACGGUAACCAGCGACUGUGGGGCUCGGUUGGGUGGGGCAUUUUCUCGCUACUGGCCGGAUUUCUGGUGGAUCAGUUCUCGAACGGAAAAACCACAAAGGACUAUACGGUGGUUUUCUAUAUGACUAUUAUUAUCAUCGGUUUUGAUAUCUUGGUCUCAUCUAAACUUAAGCAUACUCAAACAAGACUGUCGACCAAUAUUAUCGGAGAUAUUGGAAAAAUUUUCGUCUCAUUUAGAGUAGUGGUAUUCUUCCUGUGGUGCAUACUGGUAGGGUUUGGAACGGCAAUGAUCUGGAACUUUCUAUUCUGGCACCUGGAAGAUUUGGCCAGUUUGCAGGAGGGAUGUGAUCACACCGCCUGGAUCAAAACGCUCGAAGGGAUCGUUAUGUCGAUCCAAUGUUUCGGGGGAGAGCUUCCCUUCUUUUUCCUGUCCGGAUGGAUAUUGAAGAAGAUCGGACAUGUGCACGCUAUGAGCUUGGUACUGCUGGGUUUUGGUGCACGAUUUCUGCUCUAUUCGCUCCUCGUAAACCCCUGGUGGGUUAUUCCGAUUGAGUUCAUGAACGGCAUCACGUUUGGACUCUUCUACGCUACAAUGGCAUCCUAUGCAAGUAUUGUAGCUCCACCCGGAACUGAAGCUACGAUGCAGGGCCUUGUCGGAGCCAUUUUCGAAGGCGUGGGUGUCUCGUUGGGCAGUUUGCUGGCCGGACAUCUGUUCCAGAAAGUUGGUGGAAGUAAAACGUUCCGUUUGUUUGGCAUUAGUGCGUUGGUUCUAUUCGUAGCUCACGUACUGGUUCAAUUCACGAUGGAUCGCUUCGGAAAGAGGGGACCCACCGCUGGAUACACAUCACCCGAUGAUGCACUCUAUCAAAUGGACGACGAUCAACCUAUAGUACAGAGAUGAUAGUGACGGGCAUUCAUCAUAUGACAUCGUCUAUGGGUAUUCUACGAUGUUUAGAUUUGUAUACGUUUGUUGUAUAGAUUUUAAAUUUAUUGAUGGUUUAAUUAAAAAGAUACAAAACACUUUUCAUAGAUUUGUUUAACUUAAUGUUGAUAUGAUAUAAUGUACUGUGGCAGAACAAACUAUUUAAAGUUAGUUCCGUAAAAAGUGACAAUAAAAUCCAACAAA